UCAUGCUGCUGCCAAGUCCAGAGUCUCUCAUGGGUCCCUGUACGGCCUCCCAUUGCUGCUGUCUCCAUCGCCACACUCUGCCAUGUGCCACUUUCAGGUCUCCUCACACACUGCUGGGUUGGCAGAAUUUUUUGACAUAGGGUGCUGGCAGAUUACGGGCCUCCCAUAGCUGCUGCCAGGCCCCUAAUCUGCCAUGGGCCCCUAUAUACCGCCUCCUCAUGCUGCUGCCAGGUCCAGAGUCUCUCAUGGGUCCCUGUACGGCCUCCCAUUGCUGCUGUCUCCAUCGCCACACUCUGCCAUGUGCCACUUUCAGGUCUCCUCACACACUGCUGGUGUGUUGAAUUUUUUG